AUGAAGGACUUGGGUCCUUUACAGUAUUUUUUAGGUCUUGAGGUGCGUUCCACCUUAGCUGGUAUCUUCUUACACCAGCAUAAAUACAUUCACGAGUUAAUUGCUUUGGCUGGCCUUCAAGAUGGUCGUUCAGUUGAUACUCCCUUGGAGGUGAAUGUUAAAUAUCGUCAUGAUGAGGGUGAUUUUCUAUCUGAUCCUUCUUUAUAUAGACAGCUGGUAGGCAGCCUCAAUUAUCUGACUAUUACUCGGCCUGAUAUUUCUUUUGCUGUUCAACAAGUCAGUCAAUUUAUGCAAGCCCCUAGGCACCUUCAUCUCGCCGCUGUUCGUCGCAUUGUUCGCUAUUUGAAAGGCACUUCUGCUCGAGGUCUUUUCUUUCAAGUCGACUCUCCUAUUCGUCUGGUUGCAUACAGUGAUGCUGAUUGGGCUGGUUGUUCUGAUACUAGACGUUCCAUUACCGGUUGGUGCAUGUUUAUUGGUAACUCUCUCGUUUCUUGGAAAAGCAAGAAGCAAGAUCGGGUGUCUAAAUCUUCUACUGAGUCUGAGUAUCGGGCCAUGUCCUCUGCGUGUUCUGAAAUUGUUUGGCUUCGUGGAUUGUUGGGUGAACUUGGGUUUCCUCAAAUUGAGCCUACUCCGCUCCAUGCAGAUAACACUAGUGCUAUUCAAAUUGCUGCUAACCCAGUAUUUCAUGAGCAUACCAAGCACAUUGAAGUAGAUUGUCACUUUAUUCGUGAAGCAUUUGAUGCUCAUGUCAUCUCUCUUCCGCACAUCACCACUGCUCUCCAAACUGCUGAUGUGUUUACUAAGGCUCUUUCCAAACCUAGACAUCACUUUCUUGUUGAUAAAUUGAUGCUAGUUGAUCACCCAGCAUCAAUUUGA